AUGAUGGUGAAGAAAAGACUCGAAGGACAAGCAGUUGUCGAGAAGCAUAGGCGAAGAUCCAUGACAGCCGUGUCUCAGUCUGCAACGUACCAUUUUGACGAUGAAGAACUGAACGCUAUUUCGCCCACGGGUAUCUCAUGUGAUCGUCUCCGUCAAGCAUUGAAGAAGUGUAUUAAAGACUCACAUUGUGUUCAGGUUCAAGCAAGAUCCGCAAAGGAAUGCAUAGAUGCACAUGAUGGUAGCGUUCCAGACAAGUGCUUCUCGUUGCUUCAGAAUUUCACCGACUGCAAGCGAUCGUUAGUAGAUAUGAGGAGUCGCUUCCGUGGGCGCAAAGGAGAUUUGUGA